GGUGAAAACGCAGCCUUUGAGGAAUCAUAAGAGACGUAGAACAAGAUGAGACCACCGAUGAGGAGCGGAAGAACAGGUGGCGACGGACGUGAUGUACGCCCUGAGAAAAAAGAGAAAGAGAAAGACCCAACAAGUAGACUUUGCUCGGGUUUGAGUGAUUUACAAAUCGGCACUAAUCCUUCGUUCCAAUGGAUUUCAGUCUAUGAUCAACGCCCUCCAAUGAAACAGAGAUAUCAGAGCAACAUUAAGAAUUCAAGGUUGCGCCAUCAUGUAGAGAGAGCUCACAAGGAUGGCCUUUUCAUAAGCUCUGUAGCAUCACCAGCUAAUGAUCUAUGGUCUUUCAUCGUGGAUGAUGGGACUGGUUUCACUUCUCAAGUUUAUGAUAUUUCCUCAUUCUUCCUCCCCAAGGACUGGAUUAUGAAACAAUGGGAGGAUAAAUACUAUAUCAGUUGCAUAGCUGGUGCAAAUAAUGGGAGAUCAUUGGUCAUUAUGUCAAAAGGAACUUCUUACACCCAGCAAUCAUACAAAGUCAAGCACUCAAUUCCCUUGAAGUGGAUAGAUAAGAAGUGGAAAGAAGGUUUUCAUGUAACUUCCAUGGCCACUUCUGGGAGUCGUUGGGCUGUAGUAAUGUCAAGGAACUCUGGCUAUUCUAAACAGGUGUUGGAGCUUGACUUUUUGAAACCAAGUGAAGAUAUGAAUCGAAGGAGGGAGCGUGGAUACAAGAUAACAUCAAUGGCUGCAACAGCUGACCAAGCAGCUCUUAUAUUGAGUUUACCUAGACGUGAAACAACCGCUGAAAUCCAAGAGACUCUGCGCACUUCCGCCUUCCCAAGCUCCUAUAUCAAGGACAAAUGGGGGAAGAGAAUGUACAUUACAUCAGUAUGCUAUGGUCGGAAAGUGGAGUAGCUAGCAUUCUUGUAUGUGGUUAGCUGGCUAUUUCAGCUAUGUAUACAAUUCGUAAAAAACAAAGUGGUCACCUAGUUUAUGAAGUGAGUUCAUGAAGAGAAACAGGUAAAUCUUUACUAGUUUACAGUGGGAAAGCAAAAAAGAAUCAGGAUGAUGAUGUUAGACACCUCUCUUUGUUUUUCCCAAAACCUUGUCCGCAAAAGUCAUCUCUGUUUCUUUCUCGUACUAUGAUGAGUGUUGCAAGCUCUAUCUACUUCCUCAUAAUCUUACAACAAGUUGAUGUCAAGUGGAAAGUUCAAGCUCCGGCGGGAAUGAAUGCAAGAGUAGACAACAAAGAGCACACUAGACAUCAUUAUCCAACAUAGAGAUCCAUAUCAGUGUUCUACAAUGGACUUGUUUCUUAUUGGGCUAAAAUAAUUGUAUUUGAGGCCCAUUGUGUUUUAAGAUAAUCAAGAAGACUGAGGACAAGUUCGAGCUCAGGGGGAAAGAUCUGAUUUGGCAUGGGAUGUGCUUUUGGAUUUUGAAGGAGCUGCAAGAGAAAAGCUUCGAGCAAAGGCAAAAGUGUGGAUCUCUGAUUUGGCGGCGUUUGGUUCAAAAUUCUAAUGAUCUUAAAAGCUUUGUCGAGUGGUCAGAUUAUAACUGAAGUACUAUAUUAAGGACUUGCCUUUGCGUUUGUUCUGUGUGUCUGUUUGUUGAUCUCUAACUCAAAUAGUCAACAAAUGCCGAUAUUGAGUUGAUUUACUCAUGGUUUAUGAAAUACUGUAUAUAUAUUAUUAAAUCACUUGUAGUUAGUGAAGUGGGACUGUGUGUAUAUUUGAUUUAUACAUUUGGCAUCGUUAUUAUUUUUUCAA